GUGCCGUCUUUUCUUCUUGACAAGCAAAAUCCACUGCUCCUCGGACUGGGCUUCGUAAUUGACCCUUGCAGCCGCAAGCAGCUGAAGAUCUUCAAUGCAAUCAUCAAGCGUACGCUGCCGGCGAUGGCAUGGCUGCGGCUCCAGAGUUCCACACAUAGCGCGGUCGCUGCCGUUUUGCAGUCAGCCCUUGAGGGACUCUUGUCAGACAGACCGGGCAUAGAGGCAGCUACUCGCCUUCUUGUGCGCUUUGCAGAGGAUCAUGCUUCGGAGGAAGAAAACCUUUGCAGCGAGGAUGCUGUGAAGCGCAUCAAGGGCCUCUACAAGAAGGCUUUUCAACAGUAUCAGUACGAGAAGGCCAAGAAGCUGAAAACUUCCGACGACAGCUCCUCCCUGGAUCUGCGCUUUCCCUCACCGAGUGUGAGCGUGAAUGGGAAGAUGAUAGUGGGGCUGGAGAACAUAGAGAAGUUACUGGAGCCGGAGAUACAGCAAGAGGUGCAGCAGAUCUCAUUCGCUUUUCAGAUGAUGAGAACGCGACCGUCGAUGGUCCCAGAAAAGCAAAUUCUCAACUUCGCCUACAGCAGCAAGCACCUUCAUCCGAGCAGCUUCCGCAUUCAACCAAAGCUGUUGACGGCCUGGUAUCCGGGAAUUUCCACAUCUCCCAUACGUCAUGUGCCUUUGCGGCCGGACAUGCUUCGGAAAGUGCCAGGAGGUCAGCUGCAAGGAAAAUCCACGCGGCCCUACCCCGCGGUCCAUCUUGCUGUGCUCUCCUCGGGCCAGGGCGGCGACUCGAAGCUUUUGCAGGAUCUCCGGGAGGUGCUCGGAGCCUUCGCGGCGCUCUCCUCGCUAUCGGGCAGCCGUCCAACCCCAAAGCGAUAUCUUCACAUCGCCAUCACAGCAGGCUGCGGUCAGCCUGUUGGGUCGCCACUGCCGGUCUCUGGCGCCUUGCGGCGCUGUGUUGCAGCUGCCUCCACGGGCGGAUUCGACCAGCUGACCCAACUGCUUGAUGCAUUGCGGGCGGCAGAUGUCACUGCCGAGAUGCUCUUGACGGCAUGUGGCGCCUCGCUGCCCCAGAAGGUCCUUCAGGAGAAGGCGGUGACGGUGGUGCAGGAAGAUGUGGAGCUCUGCCAAGCACACCUGCCCAUCUUGCGCGAUCUAGGAGUGCUGGAGGGCCUUAUGCUUCUUGUGAACGGGCGGCUCUUUGGGCCCUUGGAGCUGGAUGGGCAAAGCUUUACCGCGGGCAUCGUCGCUCACGCGGAGGAGCUGGAGCUCGACUUUGGACCCGUGCAGCUCCAGGACGGCCUCGUUCUAGCAGAAGAUGCGGUUGUCAAGAUGCUCAAGCAGAGAGCUGGCUCCACGGAGGACUAUCUGCUGGCAUUUGCGUUGGCGGUGCGCGCUCGCUCCGUUGUGGAGAGCUUCGCCGCGCGAAGCGGCGAGACCACAGAAGAGAAGUCCGAGGAGGGAGAGCAGCUGCAGGAUUCGCACCGUAAAGGAGUCGCCGAAGUGAUGUACGAAAGGGCACCGCCGGGAUUGCGAAUGCACCUGGCUCCAAGAGAGGUCUCCUUUGGAUCUCCGAUCCGGGUGUAUGCCUUGCUGAACCCUCUCGGCAAGGGAGCGCAACGUCUCCCGCCACUGCUGGCGCUCCUACACCAGGAGCUGAAUGCCGAAGUGUUCGUCACUCUUCGCCCUGUGCGACUUGCUGAGUCUCCUCUGACGGGUUACUUCCGAACGGCUGCUGCACCAACAGCGCCCGAAGGCGGUCUUGCCGCCCUGGGAGAAUGGAACGGCACAAUGAAGGGUGUUCGCAUCGAGCUGCCACCACGGCGCGGCCAGCUGUUGAGUGUCCAGCUCGUGGCACCAGAUGAUUGGCUCUGCUCGCCCGUGGACUCUGCUGCUGACCUAGACAGCAUUCCAGCGCAUGCCCCAAGAGGCUCUCCGGGUGCCAAGGUCCAUGUGCGCUAUGAGGUGGAGGCUCUUUUCCUGGAGGGUGUGGCAGAGGAUGCACGGGGCAGCCCAGCCACUGGACGCCAGCUUGCACUGGCGCCCCUGCGUGGUGUGGCCGAGACGGCUGGCAGCAACUCGGUGGUCGUGAAAAGUGGCUACUUCCAACUGCGUCAGAAGCCGGGUGUGUAUCAGCUAUCUCUUCGCUCCAACGAGGAGAGGCUGCUGCGGCCGAAAGGUCUCGUGCAGCUGGCAGACCUGGCUGGCAGAGGCUCUCUGCUGGAGGCUCGAGUAGGCAAAAUGGGCCUCGGAGAGGACGCACAAGCGAGCUUCUUCAAGGCAAACGACUCCGAAAGCACGCAGAACUUCGAAGGGGCAGGUGGCGAUCCUGCGGAAUGCUCCGAGACAAUCCACAUCUUCAGCGUGGCCUCAGGUCUUCGCUACGAGCGCUUGCUGCGAAUUAUGAUGCUCUCAGUCCGCAAGCACACCAAGUGCAAGCUGCGCUUCUGGCUUGUGGAGAAUUUCCUCAGCCCUCGCUUUCGCCGAAUUCUGCCCGGUUUGGCAGAGCAAGUAGGGUUUGCCGUCAGUCGGGUGACGUACAAGUGGCCCACCUGGUUGCGAGAGCAAACACAAAAGCAGCGUGUGAUCUGGGCAUACAAGAUCCUUUUCCUGGAUGUGUUCUUCCCUGCAGAAGUGAAGCGCAUCCUCUUCAUCGAUGCCGACCAGAUCGUCCGUGCCAACGUGGAGGAACUUUGGAGGAUGGACAUCAAAGGCCAUGUCUAUGGCUUUGUGCCAUUCUGCGGAUCUGGACCACCAGAAAGCCUCACUAGCCACAUCUGGGGGUCCUUGACCGGAAAGGCAGCAAAGCAGGAGGAUUUGAAAAAUCCGGAUACUGUGGGCUUUAGGUUCUGGGAGCAAGGUUUCUGGAAGAAUCACCUGGCGGGUCGGCACUACUACCAUAUCUCCGCCCUGUUCGUUGUUGACCUAGAGGUGUUCCGACAAACUGGUGCAGGGGAUACUCUUCGAGAUGUUUAUCAGUCCUUGACGGCGGACCCGCACAGCUUGGCCAACUUGGAUCAGGAUCUGCCAAACUACAUCCAAGCCAACCUGCCCAUAUACAGCCUACCACAAGAAUGGCUUUGGUGCGAGAGUUGGUGCAGCGAGAGUUCCAAAACCAAUGCCAAAACCAUCGACAUGUGUCAGCAUCCUUCGAAGAAAGAAGGCAAGCUACAGCAAGCACGGCGGAUUGCACCGGAAUGGGCGCAAUAUGACGAUGAGCUGCAAAGCAUCCUAGACAAGCUAGAUCUCUGCUCUGAGGUCUGUGCGUGCGGAGGUUUGCGCUUCCUUUGCCGAAUCGAUCUCUGCGAGCACCCGGAGCCUCGGAAGCACGGCGACAAUGGCAACUUCGACACCGAGAAGGCUCCACAGCCGAACCUGGAAGCCGAGGAGCUCUGCUGGGAGGCUGACGGGACGGCGCCUUGGCUUCCAGUGAAAACGGUUUACAUAGGAUUACCCGUUUCCCUUUUUGUGAGCGUCGUGAUGUGCCGCCAGGUCCUCAUUUAG